UCAUUCUGCCAAAGAACCCUCCUAGGGACCAGUCCAUCACGGUGGCGUGUGUAGGACGCUAGCUUCGAAACAGUGGAGUGUGUCGUUGAAUGUGAAGCCGUGCCGCAACUUCACUUAGUCCUGUGGUCCUGCGCGGCAGCAGAAAGGACUUUUUAGUUAAUUAUUAUCUUGUGAUCGUGAUCCUGAAAACCAAAGAAAAAGACUGACAGCGUGAGCGGGUUGUGUGUGAAAAAGAGGGUGGCAGCCAGGGUAUCCUCCAGCCAUGUGGGUUCUAAAUAGGAGGAAUCUGCUCUGCAGCUUUGUGAUAUCGCUAGUGCUAUGCCAAAGUGUUUCUGCAGCAUCAUGCAAAGCCGGGUGUCCAACACCAAAUAAAUCUAGCAAAUAUAAAUUCCAACCGGGAAAUGUCUACACCUACGAUCUGGACAGCUUCGUACAGGUGCAGCUGACGUCCGAAGACGUUGAUGCCCAGCAAACGACGCUGAAACUGGAUGGAAAAGUUGAAAUCUACGCCGCUGAUAACUGCCAGUACACGCUUAAGGUCCUCUCUUUGACGACCUUUGCGCCCGAUGGCCGGAAGUCCAACUUCGGUGGCGACAUUACCAAGCCUGUUCAGUUCACUCUGUCCAACGAUGAGCUCUCGCCGGAACUGUGUGCCGAAGAGAGUGAUUCGGACUUCUCACUGAACGUUAAGCGCGGUAUUAUUUCGCUGCUGCAAUCCGCCGAAGGCAAGUCCUACGAAACCGACGUCUUCGGUGUGUGCCCAACUUCGUUCUCAAACUUCGCCACCGGAGGCGCUACCGUUGUAAACAAGGUCCGUGAUCUUGGUGGCUGCGGAUACCGCGAGUCUCUGAGCAACAGUCUUGUGAGCAGCAUUGUCAAUGCGAAAGCUGGCCUAAAAACUACUCCUCUGCUGACCAGCAAUUACAACAGUCAGCAAACGUUCAAGAAUGGCGUGCUGGAAUCGGUCAAACUUGGAGAAGAAUACAAAUAUGUUCCUUUUGCUAAGCUCAACUCUGGUGCUCAGGCAAAGGUCACCACCAAACUGACCUACACUGGAACGAAGGGUGGUUCGGCACCGGCUUUGACUUCUGCUGGCCCGCGAUCGGUUAUCUUCGAGAACCCGCAAUCCGAUUCCCAGAGCAACCUGGAGACGAUCAAGCAAGGACUGAAAACCGUUGUGGAUUCAUACAGCCAGAACAACGUAGGCAAACUCACCGCAGGAUACUUCACCGAACUGGUCCAUUUGUUGCGUUUUUCCAAAAAGGAUGACCUGCUAUCUCUGUACCAACAAGUGAAGGCCGGUAACGCUCAUAAGAACAAGUCUCUGGCCCGUAAGGUCUAUUUCGACGCUCUGUUCCGAGUUGGAACUGGUGCAUCCGUUGAAGCUCUGUCCAAUCUGUACAAGAACAAGGAAGUUUCUGAUCCCAAGGAACAAAAAUUGCUCUUCGUUUCCCUGAAUUUGGUUACCUCCAUGUCUAAGCCAGCCUUGAAGGCCUCCAAACUGUUGCUCGACGGAAACCCGUCCCGUGAGGCAUACCUCAGCGUAGGAAGCUUGGUCAACAAAUACUGCCAGAAGUUCGGUUGUGAGUCAGCCGAUGUGAAGGAAAUUUCUGACAAAUUUGCCGCGAAGUUGGGCAAGUGCCAACCAACGAACCGCCAAGAAGAAGACACAGUCGUUGCAGUACUGAAGGGCGUCAAGAAUACCAACGCGUUGGUGUCCCCACUGUUGGAUAAAGUUGUGCAGUGCACUUCGGACAAAUCGUCUGCUCGCGUUCGCGUUGCUGCCUUCCAAGCAUACCCGGCUGCAUCUUGCAACAAGAAGGUUGUUAACUCCGCCUUGAAUUUCCUGAAAAACGACAAUGAAGACUCGGAAAUCCGCAUCCAAGCUUACCUCUCGCUUGUUGAAUGCCCAUCCGCCGCUGUGGCCAAUGAAAUCAAGGCCUUGCUAGAUGGUGAGAAGGUUUACCAGGUCGGAUCAUUUAUUACUACCCACCUUGCCAGUCUUCGAUCUUCUGCUGACUCAACUCGUGAAGCUGCUCGUCAACAUUUUGCAAACGUUCGUACCACCAACAAGUUCCCGUUCGAUUUCCGUCGGUACUCGUUCAAUCGUGAAUUCUCCUAUGCCGUGGAAUCACUUGGAUUGGGUGCCAGCGCUGACACCAGUGUUGUCUACUCGCAGAAGAGCUUCCUGCCAAAGUCGGUUGCAUUCAACUUCAGCACUGAGGUAUUCGGAAACUCGUUCAACGUUUUCGAAGUCGAGGGUCGUCAGGACAACUUGGAUCGUGUGGUUGAGCAUUACUUUGGCCCCAAGGGAUUCUUCAGUGGACUGAACCUACAAUCUGCGUUCGAUACUCUGGUUGCACAGUACAAUAAACUUUCCGAGAAGGCUCAAAGCCGUUUCCGGCGUGGACUUAAGGAAGAUGUCAGGGCCUUCGCCAAGAGUGUGAACUUGAAAAACGAUGCACUGGAAGACUUCAACUUGGACGUAUCGGUUAAAUUCUUCGGGUCUGAACUCUUCUUUUUGAGCACUGGAGAACAUGUUCCAAGCACCCCUGAGGAAUUUUUGGACAAACUGCUGGAAUGUUUCGACAAGUUCUUGGAAGGGGCUAAGAAGUUCGACCGUGUGUUUGAACAGCAUGCUCUGUUUGUGGAUUCGGAUCUGGUGUACCCAACAGCAGCAGGUCUGCCUCUUAAGCUAUCAUACGAAGGGACCGGUGUAGCACGUUUGGAAACAAGCGUAGAAGUCGACGUUAAGGAAAUCGUCAAGGAUUACAAGAACACAAAAUUCAACGUAAAACUGGUUCCAAGUGGCAGCUACGAAGUAACCGGAACUCUGAGUGUUGAUGCUUUCACUGUCACCACUGGUCUGCAGCUCUCGGGCACUGUUCAUUCAUCUACUGGAAGCGCAGUCAACUUCGCUCUGCUAGACGGAGGCAAGUCGUAUGAACUAACGGUUGAUUCUCUCCUGAAGAAACAAGAAUUGUUCAGCUUCAACAGCAAGCUUGUAUUUGUGACCCGCGAACGUGGAAAUCAGCUGAUCUCCCUCCCGCUGAAAAUGAAUCAGCAGGUUAAGGAGUUCAAGGAAUGCUUCGACAAUCUGUACCACGUUAUCGGAGUUACUCUGUGUGCUUCCGCUGGGCAGAAGCAAGUACCUGGAAAAUCUUUGGUUCCGUUGGAUGGAGAGUACCAUGCUGAGCUCUAUCUUGAGGUUGAUCCCAAAUAUCACUUCACUGGAAAGUACGACGAUUCAGAUAAACAACAUCAGAGCUUGCUGCUAACUUUCGACACCCCUGGAUCCGAUAAGAAGCGCACCACCAGCCUGAAGUUAGAAAGUUUCUUCAAAGGUGAUGCCUACGUGAAAGCCACUGUGCUGUCGCCGCUCCGAAAUGUUGACCUCCAAGUUGGACUGAACAACAACGACAAAGAGGCCUCAUUGUAUGCCUUGGCCCACAAUGGACCUGAUGAGUACCUGGCGAAGGUCGGAUUUGAAAAAGGUGGAUCUCCUGCCCGCCAAGAGUAUGUUCCAAUCUUUACUGUGAGAUCCCCGAGCGGAGAUGCUCAAGUCUCAAAAGUUGUUCAAACUACUGGAAAAAUUGUCGUCGAGAAGGUCGAUGGCGGUGCCACCAAAUACAACCUGGAGAAUGUCGAAUGGGUCAGUCCUUAUGCUCCCAAGACAACUGUCAAUGGUUUUGUGCUUCAGAAUGGACCGAGCUUCGACACCGAUCUGGCUGUUGUUGUUGGCCCGAGCAAGAACAACGUUAAGGGACACCUGGACUUCAGCCCCAAGCACGUAAACUUGGAACUCGAGAAGAAGACUGAUGGUGAUGCAAACAAAAACUUCAAGGUCAACUUGGCGCUUGCAUACACGGAAAACUCGUUCAAGAACGUUUUCGUAUUUUUGUCCGGAAAAGACUUCAAUAACCCAACGCAUCACUACGAACUGAAUCAAAACGCGGAGUUCGAAAUUGAAGACAAGAAACUACAAUCGCUGAAGGUGGAUAACAAGCUGCAGUUGCCUAAGCAGCUGGUGAAGUUCGACUUUGCCACCAGCAAGAACCAAUUCAAGGUUGAUGGAGAGUACGGAUACGACAAGUACAAGGUUGCUGCCAAUGUUGACGCCAAGUAUAAUGAGAAGGCUGCCGGAGAUUACGAUUGGACCGUCGGAGGAUCACUCAACAAGCACUUCUUCAAGCUAGUUUCAAAGCGCACCAUUGAUUCCGCCAAGAGCAGGUUCCAGAACCAACUUACUGCCAGCACUGGUACAAAGGUUCAGUUGAAUGGCGUUGCCACAAAUAAGUUCAGCGACCAGGAUGGUGAACUCAACUUGGAAGGUUUAUUCGUAGCCGUUGAUAAAGCUGAUCCCUACAAGCUAAACUUGGUUCUUCAAUUGAGUCCAUCUACUGUGCUAUCGAACGCAAAGGUCCUCGUUGGAAAGGAUGAGUUUGCCACUUACGACCUCAAGCUUGAUCGUACGGAGAACGCCAACGGAAAGCUCAACUUUGUUGUCAAGGACUUCCUGGACGGAAAUGGCGAAUUCAAGGCCAAGGAUGGUCAAGGUGAUGGAUCUGCAUUGGUAAAUUUCCUGAAACAGGAUCGGAAACUGAAGCUCGACACCAAAUUCAAGAUCAACGCACCGGUGUUUGACGUUGCCACUGACUUUUAUUAUGAUUUCGAAAAGGACAACACUAAGAAGGUGCACUUCGAUACCAAAAACAAAGUUACCAAGAGUAGCUUCGACAGCAAAAACAAGCUGGAGGUCUUCGCUGACAAAUACGAGUUCAACGUUCAGGGACAACAGAACGGUCAAUUGCAAGAUGGAUCUACCAAUGGAAAGUUCUCUUUGACUUUGCCCACCGGACGUCAAUUGUCUGGAGAUUUGAAGCGCGAAGUUAAUGGCAAAGACGACAAGAAGGUUGUUGGUAGCGUUACUGCAAACUUAUUUGACAAACUGCCAGGAGGUAAACAGCAAACGGUUUCUUUGACCGGAUCUCUUAAGGAUGGCGACUUUAAGUCUCGUUUCUUUGAUUUGGUACACAACGUGAAAUACACCAACUUUGAUGGAAAAGACCUGGAUGUUGAAUUAGAUACUAAACAUCUGCCAGUCGGUCACUUCAAGAAAGCAGUCUUCCAUGUCAAGGUGCAAGGUGCUCUGGUGCCUCAGGCCGGUGAGUUCAACUUCGAUCUCGAUGAAUAUUGUCAAAACCACGCUGUCUACCGAGUUGGUGGAAAAUACGGAGGAGAUUUCGAUGGCGCUGUCAACGGAAACUACCACGUUGGAAAGCCCGGUAAACCUUAUACUCAUGAAGUGAAAGCAACCUUGAAUGUCCCGCAAGCACCAGUCAAGAGUGUGUCUCUUGAAUCUAAGGGUAGCUAUCUUGAGCCGGAAAGUGACAAUGGACUGUAUGAGUUCGAAUACACUGGAGCAUUUGGCUAUGGCGAGAAGAAGGUUGCACUGGCCACAACUGCCAAGGGUAACGUAAACCAUGGAACCGGAAGCGUUAAACUGAAUCUUCCUGAUACUGAUCCUCUUUCGGCCGACGCAUCAUACAACUACGAAGGCAAAGAUGAGGGAUCCGUUUCGACCAAAGGAUCACUGAAGGUUAACUACGGUAAGGGUAAAUCACUGGAAUUCAAUGGCGAUGCCAAGGCACUCGGAACUGACGAUGUUUCGCUCCAUGCUACUCUCAAGUCUGACUUCGAAAAGGCAAAGAACGUUGAACUGACUUUCAAGCAUGUCAAAUCCGGAGAAAAUGGAUACCACACGAAAUUAAACUUGGUUGCGGAUGGAAAAGCUUAUAACGUGGACAACGCCGUUAUUUUAUCAGAAAGCUCUCCUUCCGUGGAUUUCACCCUUGGAUAUCCCGACAAGACUGUUAAGGUAUAUGGUGGAUACAAACUGCUCAGUGAUCGUGCCUUCAAGGCUGAUGCAAAGGUAGAAAAUUUCGGUGAUUUCAAUCUGGACGCCAACGUGGAGGCUAAUUUCCAGAGCUACGAGACGUUCUACGCAAAACUGUAUCUGGAUGCCCCGAAAUUGGAUGCCAAAAAGAUUACCGUUGAAGUGAAUUCCAAGCCCGGAAACAGCGGAAAAGGUGUAGAGUUCAAAGCAUCUUCCGAUGGAAAGAACGUCCUGAGCGGAUUCGCGGAUUACUCCGUCAAAGAACAAGGCAAGAGCACUGUCAUUGAAGGACAUGGAAACGUCAAGCUGUACGAUAAACAACAGACGGCAUCCUUCAAGUUGAUUCGCGAGAAGCUGGCUGAAGCUGGAUACGCUGUCACCCUGUCCGGAUCGGUAGGCAAGAACAGCGUGUCGACCGAAGUUCGCGUCAAGCCGAACGAUUUUAAAUUGAAGCACACCGUUUGCGAUGAGAAAAAUAAGUGCACCAAUGUUGAAGUUCAGUCCAAGUUGCAACGCACUGGUGAAAAAUUCAAUCAUGAAGCCGUAAUUUCGGUAGACUUGCAACAGCUGGGAUAUGUCUAUGAGUUUGGACUGAACUCUAAGACAAGUGGAAACGGAUUAACUCUAGAUCACACCACUGAUGUGGAGCUGAAGGAAAAACAACAACCCAAGUAUCAAUACCACCUUUACAUCCAUCCACACAGUGCCGGGGCCAGUCUGGUUCUACCAACUCGUUCCCUUGUAGUUGAAGGAGUUUUCCAGUACCCCAAGGACAAAUUUGGACAAUAUGACAGCACCGUAUCUUUCUACCUGGACAAAAAGAACGCCCCGAACAACAAGGCCACCUUCGGAUUCAACGGAGAAACCAAAUUGGUUGGAACAGCAGGAGUGAGUGGUAGUGGAUCUCUGAAAUUCUCGCAUCCAACUGUUAAGGAUCUGGUUGUGAGCGUGUCUGGACUUGUCGAUGGUGAAAAACAAACUGUUGAUGGAAAGGUUGUACUAGAUAUCUUUAAGAACGCCAACGACAAGGUCGUUGCCCACGCCAAAUACGUCAACAGUGAUACGAGCUUCAAGGGCUUCAAUGUAAGUUCAGAAGUUGCUGUGUUCAGCAAGGGAUUAGGAUUCAACCUCGGCUUCAAUGGACACUCCGCUCUUUCAUUAGCUACCAAGCAGCUGAGCACCGCUGGAUUCGUCGAUCUGCCAUUCGAAGACUUCCGCUUCGGAACUUAUUUGUUCGCCAGCCCUGAAGAGUUUGAUUUCCUUCUCAAGCGAUUCAACGAUGAACUGGUUCGUGCCCACGGUACCUACGAUGUUAAGAAACAUAAGGCUGAACUAACCUCAACCUUCAAAUUUGUGCCAACUCGUCCAGUUGUGCUGCAAACCACAGUCAACGGACUAUCAUCCGCCAAGUUUUCGCUCACGCAAGACAAAUUCUUCUUUGUUGAUGGUACAUUCACCGUAGAUAAGACAGCCACGCUGAAGGUUCUAGGAAACGAGAAAGAGCUGCUGAACGCCAAGGUUGCCCUGGAUGCUACCCAUUUCCUAUCAACCGAAUACAAGGUAAGCGAAGAAAACGCUAAGAGCUUCCUGCAAGCAUUCAACAAGCAACUACAGGCUGAUCUGGACGUUGCUAAGGCUGAAUUCGAAAAGAAAUACGCUAAGCUUAGUGCUGAUGCCACCAAGGUUGUGAACAAUGUCGUUGCUUCGUUGCCAGAUUUCAGCAAGUUCCAAGCCGACUACACCGAACAGUUGAAGAAGCUGCAAGCGGAACUUCUGGAAGACCCAACACUCAAGCAGUUCUUCGACUUUGUUCAAAAAGUCUUUGCUGCUGUUAGUGAGGUAGUGGCUCAACUAACUCAGAUCUAUUCCGAAAACUUCAAAAAGGUUUCAGCCGUUGUGACUGAUGUUGUUGGAAAAUUGUCCGAAACCUUCAACAGCAAGAUUCUUCCAGUACUGAAGGAACUUUAUGGCAAGACUGAGGCUCUCGUCUACGGAGUCUACGAAGAAACCGUCAAACUGGUCGUAGCCGUUUUUGAACGCACUGUCAAGUCAUUGAAGGCCUUCGAAGAAGAUUUCAAUAAGGUUGCCAAGAGUCUUUCGGAGUUGUUCAAGAACUUUGCUCAGACCUUCAACAAGGCGAUCGCAACCUUGGAUAAGGAAUUCAGAGAAUUGUAUAAACUGGUUCAAGAAUAUUUCGAUUCGUUCGAUGAGUUCAAGGUGCUUAAAGAGACGCUUAAGGAAUACUUCGAAGGAGCUGACAAAUACGCCUUCCAGCUGCUGAAGGAGGUGCUGACACUGAUUGAAGAUUUGUACCCAGUGCCAGAAAUUAAAACAUUCACUACUUCCGUCAACCAAUACGUUACCAGCAAACUGGAGAAUAAGAAGGUUAACGACGUUGAAGAGCUCAAGAACAUUUUCGUGCACUUUGUUAAGGCCGUAUCGCUACUGUUCGACAGACUGUCAAGCACAUUGUCCACAUCUCUUGAAGAACCAGGAUUCGCUGGUGGUCUGCCCUCAUUCAUGACCUUCAGAGUCUUCCCAUACAUUAGCAGUGUCAAGUUCAGUCCAUUCAACUACCUCCGCAAUGAAAAGUUCUACUCGCUCCGUGACUUCCUAUACCAAUUCCGACCAUACGCAUGGAAUCCUUUCGCUGUUGUACCUCCAUUCACAAUGCAUGGAGAACUUGCCGAUGGCAGCCACUUCUUCACCUUCGAUGGACAGCACUACACGUUCCCAGGAAGCUGCCAAUACGUUCUCGCUUCAGACUUCGUCGAUGGAAACUUCAGCAUUGUCGCAAAUAUUCAAAACGGAAAACUCAAGUCGGUCGCUCUAGUUGAUAAGGAUGUUGUUGAGCUGAACGAUCAAGGAGUUGUCACACUGAACGGUAAGGCCACUGAUUUGCCGUUGCAUAAAAAUGAAGUCCAUGCCUGGAGACGCUACUACACUGUCAACCUGUUGACCACCUAUGGAGCAAGCGUGCUGUGCACAACCGAUCUGAAGGUUUGUCACUUCACCGUAUCUGGAUUUUAUCUAGGAAAGGUCCGCGGUCUUCUUGGCAACGGCAACUAUGAGCCGUAUGAUGAUUUCACUCUGCCCAACGGAAAGAUCGUUGAAAGUUCUACUGACUUCGCCAACACCUACAAGGCCACCAAGUCGUGUGCUGCCGUGGCUGAUCCUGGACAUGCCAAGCAUGACCACAGCAGCCCAGUGUGCGCCAAACUGUUUGGCUCGGACAGCUCGCUGAGAUACGGCUAUUUCUUCAAAGACCAAACCAACUACCGUGAAGCUUGUGAACAUGCUGUCCAUGGAGCUGCUAAUGCUGAGGAAGCCGGAUGUGCUAUUGCUUUCGCUUAUGCUUCAGCUUGUCGCCUGGAACUUAUUCCAGUCAGCGUACCGGCUCAAUGUCAGACAUGCUCUGUCGGUGGCAAACCAGUGGAAGUCGGAGACCAGUUCAGUGUUAAGUCACCGCAGAAGGCCGCAGACGUUGUGUUUGUUGUGGAUACUUCUAUCGGCACGUUGCUCGGCGAAUUGGUUCAGGCCACAAUCAACGAUCUACGCAAAGAACUGAAGGCCAACGGAAUUACGGAUGUGAAGGUGGUUGUGCUCGGCUUCAACCGGAACCAGAAAUACGUAAGCUUGUUCACCAGUGGUGGUAAGUUGGACUACACCGGUAAGCUCGGACAGGCCGAUCUCAGUGGUCCCGAGAACUGCAAGCCGUUGGUAACUGGAAACAAAAACGUGGAUGAGUUCUUUAAGGUGCUACAUGAUCUGCAAGAGAAGGCAGCCGAAGAUUUGGGAGUCACUCCUGAUUCUCGUGCCUUCAUUGAAGCCCUUCAAUAUCCCUUCCGAGCUUCUGCCAGCAAGCACAUCGUCCUUGUCCACUCCGAUGACUCGGAAAAGGUGCCAAAUCCGAGCCGUGCCAUCAAAUCUGUUUUGGCAACUCUCGACUUGAAGGUUAAAGGAGUAGGACUGCACGUGGUCACACCGGUGAAGAACCUUGGCGUUGCCGGCAGCAAGGACUCAAAGAAGGUGAAGGAACUUGUUGGUUUCAACUCCAAACAAGCAUUCACCUUGGCCGACAGCAAGAAGCGCACAAACAUUGGCUCAACCGAGCUGAAGAACACCCUGAAGUACGACGCCGAUCUGCUGGUAGACUUGGUCAACAAGAACGACGGAUUUGUGUUUGUGCUGCAGAACUUCAGCGGGCUGAAGCAGGCCAAGGAUAAGAAAUCGUUCGUGACGGUCCUGGCGUCGGCGCUGGGAGAACACAUUGCACGGACAGAAGUCAGCAGCGAUUGCGUGUGCAAGCUACGAAGUGGUCUGCAUGCGGAGGAAUCCUGCGAGGCCAAGGAAACUAGGUACCUACCACCAACGAAGAAGACCGGUGCCAAAGGAUAAACUGCAACGUUAACAGCAGUGAACAGGGGAGAGAUGACUUCCAGCCAUAUUUAUUAUCUUCGCCUAGCUAUAGAACUGUAUCAUCCCGAGUGCCAUUUUAGCGGUAUACCAUCCUAGGGAAACGAUAAUCUGUAUUGUAGUACUUCAGAUCAUAACGCGAGAUAUGCGAAACGAAAUAAAUGAAUGAUGUGUUUGUAUUAAAUUUAUACCAUAACAAAAUUGAA